GACGUCACACGCACAGAGAAAAGACCCAAAGCACUCCGAGCAGCCAGCGAGCGCUCAUUGCAGUCUGGCCCAGAACCCGGACAGUGGCUCUGUGUUGCGUAUAAUAUUAUAUGUCUUUUGUCGUUUUUAAAGCGUCAAGGAAUGCUCAGCUAAUUUUAGCAAUCGUUUGUUUUAUUGUAUUCUGCAGGACGUUAAGUGUUGGUAUUUAGUUUGCGGUUAUUGAAACUAACGGUUGGACGCGGAUAUGAAUGACAUCAAACUGGCUGUGCUGGGCAGCGAGGGAGUGGGGAAAUCAGCUCUCAUCGUUCGGUUCCUCACGCGGAGGUUCAUCGGGGAGUACGCCUCGUUGACCGAGUGUAUCUACAGAAAGCGUCUAACUCUGGAUGGGAGACAGCUUAACGUGGAGCUGUAUGACCCCUGCUCACAGGUGUGUGCGGGGAAGUCUGCGCUGAGCGACCAGAUCCACUGGGGCGACGGUUUCUUGGUCAUCUACGACAUCAGCGACCGGUCCUCCUUCCAGGCUGCCAAGAACAUCCUCCACCUGAUGAGAGAGACGCACUCAGGGGCCAGCAAAAGGGACGGUGAGGCGGCGGCGGGCCGGCCGGUGAUGCUGGUGGGCAACAAGCAGGACCUGUGCCACAUGCGGGAGGUCGACCACGAGGAGGGCCAGCGCCUCGCCGCCGACCACCGCUGCGGCUUCCUGGAGCUGUCGGCGGCGGAGCACAGCCAGGAGGUGGCGCUGGUGUUCUCCAAGGUGGUGCAGAGCGUCUGCGCGGGCAGCAAGGCCAAGGAACGCCGCCGCCGGCCCAGUGGCUCCAAGUCCAUGGCCAAGCUCAUCAACAACGUCUUCGGGAAGAGGAGGAAGUCGGUGUGAGCCCACCCUUCUCCGCCCAGGUCCAGGGUUCAACGUCAGUUGGGGUUUGAACCCAGUGGUCGUCGGGACGAGACCCAAAAGUUGGUCACGCCGUGAAACAGGUGUGGGAAUCCCCUGAUGUAGACGUUCUAGAAUUAAACUCCACUGCCCUGUGUCAACCUGUUGCCUAUGCAGUUGCUUCUGAAUGCUAAUGGUGUUUAUAUUCAAAAAGCAACGCUAAACUCUUAAGGAAAAGCGCGGCCACAGUGCCACCUACAGGUCAUCAAAGUAAUUUGAUCUAUCGUUUGUUUGUGUGGUGAUUGACGCUUGUAUCCAAUACAUCCUCUCACCAGAGGGGGCGCUGUUGCGGUUUCCAUUUAGUGUUUGGUGACAAUUUAAGAUUCAUUUAUGUCCGAAUUAAUUUCAUAUUGCUGAGGUAAUAUUCUAUAGCACUUAUUUGACUGAAUCUCUCGCUACAACCCCAAUACUGCUGUGGGUUAAAAACAUACUUUUUAUGCAGUGAUAUUGUCUUGGAAGAGUUAAUUAUAAAUCCUAGUGUGACAUAGGCCUAAUGAACCAAAGUAUUGUGCUUCCCUUUUGGAAGAAUUGAGCGUUGAGGGAUUAUUUCUUUGGCUUUGUUCUGCUCUUUCUCUGGGAUUAAUCGGUCGCGGGUCAGGUCACACCCCUCAGAGUUCGUUCCAUCUGAGGACAAAUCCAACGGGCGAUGAAAGGAACGUAAAUCCCACGGAAUUAUUAUCUGUUCUACUCAUUUUUUGUUGUACAUAGUGGUUGAUCCUUUUACUGAGUUCACAGCAAAUUAUCACAGACAAAGAAUGUGUUACUAUUGGAGUCUGUAACCGAAGGAGCCUGAGAAAGUGAUGAGUGUAAAUAUGUUGGUCCAAGAAUUAAACAGUUCUAUUGCUUGAUACUGUGAGCAUUGUGUGUUAUUCAAUUUUAUACCGUUCAUUAAUGCAAGCACUAUCACAUUUUCAGUCAUCAAAUAUAUAAAACAAUAAGUAAGCAUUCAUGCUAUACAGGGUGACAUAUCCGUUUGUUUAA